UCUCGAUCCUCACCAACAUCCGAGAUGGUCGUCGUCUUCGCCGACUCGUACUCCUCUGCCGACCUCGACGAUGAGUUUAUGCCCCUGCGCAAGCGUCGUCGCCUAUGCAAGCGGAAUUCGCGAUGCACCGUCGCCGAUCAUGAGCAGCUCACGACGAGCGAUGUCCUCCCGACCUGGAGGCCCACAUUCAUGCGCGAGUUCCCCGGCGCGGAUGUGGUGCUGCGCGUGAAGGACACGUACUUCAAGGUGCAUAAGGAGCGGCUCGCGCGUGCCACCGUCUUCGCCGACAUGUUUGAGUUCCCGCAACCGGUCGACGCGGAGCGAGUGGAUGGCUGUCCCUUGGUACCGGUCUUCGGAGAUGAGGUGGAGGAUUGGGAUGCCACCCUGCUGUGGCUAUACGAGAAAGAAGGUGUGGCGUAUGGCCGCGCGCAACAUUGGCCAGUCCUUAAAGGAGCCCUGCGCAUAAGCACCAAAUAUGCGAUCGCGGACCUCAGAGAGGCAGUUGUGACCUCUCUGCGCACGAUAUGGCCGGAGACGAUAUUUGACAUGGAUCUCAACUGCCUCCCAAACGCCGCAGAAGCCAUCACCCUCGCCCGCGAAUGCAAUGUCCCCGAGAUCCUCCCCUCCGCCUUCUACGCCCUCUCCGUCCAGCGCUGGAGCACCGGCGCCGACGGCUGGACCAACCACCUCGCCAUCUCUCCCUCAGACCUCCGCCGGCUCAUCGCGGGGCGCGAGGCCGUCCAAGAAUUCCUCGCGAACAUACUGGUCAACCCGCUCUACGACCCCGACGUCGACCUGUGUGCCGACGUUGAUGCCGCCAGCCCGGCUGUGUCCACACAGGGACGAACGCAGGGCACUACCACACAAGGUCUUCGCCCCUGCCCCGCCUGCGCGUCCCGCAUCGCUGCCUACUGGCGCGCUAAGCUCGCGCCGGACGCGACGACGCCGUGGACCUUCUGGAUCAGCCGCGAGAUGAAGAUGAUGCUGGACGACCAUGUGUUUAGAGACAGCCUCUGCGACGAUGCCUGCUUCGAUGUGCACGAUUCGCUCCUCUGGGCACGCAUGCGGAGGCUGAAUGAGUCGGUGCCGAGGUUCUUCUUGCUCGAAUGAAGUCGCGGCAUUCCUCUUGGCUCGAAUGGGUUCGUUGAUUCAUAGCCCCUCCUUAAACUGCGCUUCCCGUAUCCGUAUGCGUUCUUUCUGGUGGAUUCGCUCUCUAUGUACUUGCUAUCGUAUCCUCAUCUAGUUUUGUCAUGUCGGCCUAAUAGUUGCCUGUCCUCGUAUGUGUCAUUACGCAUGUCCCUGUCGCUACCUACUCUGCAUCGUUCAAGUCCUGGCCAAAUCUGCAUCGUCUGGACAGAA